AUGCCAUACGCUCUAUCUGACUCUCACAAGAACUUGGUUUCUGCUCACUUGUCUGAAAGUGAUCCAGAAGUCGAACAAAUCAUCAAGGAUGAAAUUGACAGACAAAAGCACUCUAUUGUCUUGAUUGCUUCUGAAAACUUCACCUCUACCUCUGUUUUCGAUGCUUUGGGAACUCCAAUGUGUAACAAGUAUUCUGAAGGUUAUCCAGGUGCUAGAUACUAUGGUGGUAACGAACACAUUGACCGUAUGGAAUUGUUGUGUCAAAAGAGAGCUCUAGAAGCUUUCAACUUGACUGCUGACAAAUGGGGUGUUAACGUCCAAACUUUGUCUGGUUCUCCAGCUAACUUGCAAGUCUACCAAGCCUUGAUGAGACCUCAUGAAAGAUUGAUGGGUUUGUUCUUGCCAGAUGGUGGUCAUUUGUCUCACGGUUACCAAACUGAAAACAGAAAGAUUUCUGCUGUCUCCACUUACUUCGAAUCUUUCCCAUACAGAGUUGAUCCAAAGACUGGUAUCAUCGACUAUGACACUUUGGAAAAGAAUGCCAUCUUGUACAGACCAAAGAUCUUGGUUGCUGGUACUUCUGCAUACUGUCGUUUGAUCGACUACAAGAGAAUGAGAGAAAUCGCCGACAAGGUUGGUGCUUACUUGAUGGUUGACAUGGCUCACAUCUCUGGUUUGAUCGCUGCUGGUGUUAUUCCAUCUCCAUUCGAAUACGCUGACAUUGUCACUACCACUACUCACAAGUCCUUGCGUGGUCCAAGAGGUGCUAUGAUCUUCUUCAGAAGAGGUAUCAGAUCUGUUAACCCAAAGACUGGUAAGGAAAUCCCAUACGAUUUGGAAGGUCCAAUCAACUUCUCCGUCUUCCCAGGUCACCAAGGUGGUCCACACAACCAUACCAUCUCUGCCUUGGCUACUGCUUUGAAGCAAGCCAACACUCCAGAAUUCAAGGAGUACCAAACUCAAGUCUUGAAGAACGCUAAGGUUCUAGAAGAGUCCUUCAAGAAGUUGGGUUACAGAUUAGUGUCCGAUGGUACUGACUCCCAUAUGGUCUUAGUCUCCUUGAGAGAAAAGGGUGUCGAUGGUGCUCGUGUCGAAUACGUUUGUGAAAACAUCAACAUCGCUUUGAACAAGAACUCUAUCCCAGGUGACAAAUCUGCUUUGGUCCCAGGUGGUGUCCGUAUCGGUGCUCCAGCUAUGACUACUAGAGGUUUCGGUGAACCAGAAUUCGCUAGAAUCGUCGACUACAUUGACAAGGCCGUUCAAUUUGCUGCUAAGACUCAACAAUCUUUGCCAAAGGAAGCCAACAAAUUGAAGGACUUCAAGGCUAAGGUCAACGAAGGUUCUGAAGAAUUGACCCAAUUGAAGAACGAAAUCUACCAAUGGGCCGGUGAAUUCCCAUUGCCAGUGUAA